CAACGCCCGCCGGGAGCCGACCGGAGCUGCCAAGAUGUCGCUGCUCAAGAAAAGAAAGCUUGAGUCGGGGGGCGGCGGCGAAGGAGGGGAGGGAACUGAAGAGGAAGAUGGCGGAGAGCGGGAGGCAGCCCCGCAGCGACCCCGGAGAACUAAGCGGGAGCGGGACCAGCUGUACUACGAGUGCUACUCGGACGUUUCCGUGCACGAGGAGAUGAUCGCUGACCGUGUCCGCACCGAUGCCUAUCGCCUGGGCAUCCUGAGAAACUGGUCAGCGCUGCGAGGCAAGACGGUACUGGACGUGGGUGCGGGCACCGGCAUCCUGAGCAUCUUUUGUGCCCAGGCCGGAGCCCGACGCGUGUACGCAGUGGAGGCCAGCGCCAUCUGGCAACAGGCCCGGGAGGUGGUGCGGCUCAACGGGCUGGAGGACCGGGUGCACGUCCUGCCGGGGCCGGUGGAGACAGUGGAGUUACCGGAGCAGGUGGAUGCCAUCGUCAGCGAGUGGAUGGGCUACGGGCUCCUGCACGAGUCGAUGCUGAGUUCCGUGCUCCAUGCGCGGACCAAGUGGCUGAAGGAGGGCGGCCUUCUCCUGCCGGCUUCCGCUGAGCUCUUCGUGGCGCCCAUCAGCGACCAGAUGCUGGAGUGGCGCCUGGGCUUCUGGAGCCAGGUGAAGCAGCACUACGGCGUGGACAUGAGCUGCCUGGAGAGCUUCGCCACGCGCUGCCUCAUGGGCCACUCGGAGAUCGUGGUGCAAGGCCUGUCCGGAGAGGACGUGCUGGCGCGGCCGCAGCGCUUUGCUCAGCUGGAACUGGCCCGGGCCGGCUUGGAGCAGGAGCUGGAGGCUGGGGUGGGUGGGCGCUUCCGCUGCAGCUGCUACGGCUCAGCGCCAAUGCACGGCUUCGCCAUCUGGUUCCAGGUGACCUUCCCCGGAGGGGAUUCGGAGAAACCCCUGGUGUUGUCCACUUCACCUUUUCACCCGGCCACGCACUGGAAGCAGGCGCUCCUCUACCUGAACGAGCCGGUGCAAGUGGAGCAAGACACGGACAUUUCCGGAGAGAUCACCCUGCUGCCCGCCCGGGACAACCCCCGCCGCCUGCGUGUCCUGCUGCGCUACAAAGUGGGGGACCAGGAGGAAAAGACCAAAGACUUUGCCAUGGAGGACUGAGUCCUGCCUUUUCUCCCAGUUACCUCCCAAGGCGGCCUGACUUGUGUGGGAGAGGCGUAGGGGGGUCGGAGGAGAAGGGAAGAUCCCACGUGCAAGUAGGGGCGAUAUCUGUCUGCCUUUUUUCUUGUCUCCGGGGGAGGGAGAGUGACUUCAGUCUCUUUUUGAGGAGAUCCUGCUGGCAAUUUUUAUUUAAAGAGUGAUGAUUCCCCGCAGCAACCGCUACAGCGUAGUUAUUAAUGUGUGUUUAAGCCUCAAAAGCCUGUGGUACCAAGCACUUUUUUUCUAUUUCUUUAUUUUCAUGGGGCCAAGGGGGGACCCACAGAAGAAUGUUGAUUUGUGAAGAGUCCGUUUAUUCAAGUCUCUGACACCUCUCACACCAUAUGUACAUCUGAAGCCAGGGAGAAGGGUAGAAGGGGUAUUUUCUCAACCUGUGAACUGUCUCCCACCCCAAACCAAACCCGUUGCCAUCCAGUCGAUUCCAGCUAAGGCUAUAUAUGGUAUGGUCUGAUAGUGUCAGCAUUUCUGUAUAUAAGGAGCACUGUACAACAAAGGACACCAGAUCAUCCAAAGGAAGCCCAAGACCUCUGGAGCGAGGACAGUUCUAAAAGAUGGGAGUGUGAGAUGCAGCAACAUCCAGACACCCAUCAGCCUGUCUAUAUGGCUGAGUACUGAUUCUCUGAGGUUGUCAUGGCCGCAGGCAGGAACUGGCUGUCGAAGGGAGAGGAAAACCUGUGGAGUUCUACCUGUUCCAUCUAACAGCUUACAUUUAUUUAGCACUGUGAAAUUUGCCAAAUAUUUUUACUAAUUCAUUGGAUCAAUGUGUAUUUUGUUUAAUAUAUAUACAGUAUAAUAGUUGUUGUGAUAAGCACUUAAGAUGGAAAUCAAUAAAACAUAGUUUAAUGUCUUCAAAUAGAUUUGUUUAUAAACCAGUAUUUUAAAUAAAUAAGUAGUAACGGGCUAAAGAGUGAGAUGGUCUGGAUAGUAGGGAGGGCAGAUAAUUAUCUUCAUUUUAUAAGCUAGUAAAAAAGAUUUACCCAGAUAAUGAGAGUUGCAUAGCUAAUUCUUGGCAACUAAAUCUUGAACCCCGAUCUUUUAAUUCAUAACCCUCAACAAAUCACUUUUUCAUUAGUAUCAUCUCCUUAAAUACCUCAAGGAUGGAUGACAACAGUCUUUAUAAUUUGGUAAAUGAAGGAAAGAGGGAAAAGUCCUAAGCCUAAGGCAGUGUCGUUGGAGAUCUGUCUCAGAGGUCUCAAAGAACCACCGUCAGUAAGUAGGAUCUCAAGGUUGACAAAUCCUAGGCACUCACUGACCCAUGCCCCUCACAGAGAUAAUCACAUGUAGCCCUGUUUUUUUCUGAGGCCUUCAGGAAAUGUUGAAUACUCAACAGAGUAGCAAAGGUAGAUGAACUCUUUGCUAUACCAGCUAUAGGUAUGGUGCUGGAGGGCAGAAAGGCAUCUGAUGAGGCUAAAUGCGACACUAAUAAUGAGCAGGAAUUCAGAAGGUAAAGGUAAAAAGCUCCUCCAGCAAACAAAAUUGCUCCACAGUUUGCUUAUGCUCAUGUGUAUUAUCUUCUUCAGACCCAAGAGUACCGAUGCGGAGGUGGGAGGACUCUUCAGGAGCAUUUGCAGAUGAGCCCACACUCCUAGAUGUUCAGCUUUUUAUGCAUUUAUUCACUCAUUUAGUAAUUUAAUAACUAUGUAAAAAGUUCUACAAAAAAAAAAACCAUUCCUACCCUCAAAGAACUUGGACAUAGUAGGGAAAAUAAAACUACCUACAUCAAUACGUGCAUACAUUGUUUAACCUGGGAAGAUUUCAUUCCAGCUCAGUCUUUUGUUGAAGAAAGGUUGAGAAGCCGUUGUCAAUUCUAUCCCUGAAACUUCUACGAAAUGCAAAAAUACUGACUUUAUCAUCACAUAUUUAUGAGAUCCUAAAGAAAAAAAUUCUUCUCUGGUGUUCGUUUCAAAAGUAAAUUUAAGUCCUCUAAAUAACCGAUUUGUUUCAGCUAAUGGACAUGGUAUAUUGGGUAGAUGACCCUUCUCACAUUGCCUACUAGAAACCUGGGCUAAAUUUAUGCCUCAUUUGUGCUUUCUUGGAAACCCUGGUGGCGUAGUGCUUAAGCACUACAGCUGCUAACCAAAGGGUCAGCAGUCCGAAUCCUCCAGGCGCUCCUUGGAAACUCUGUGGGGCAGUUCUACUCUUUCCUAUUUUUUGUUGGGUAUAGGGUCGCUAUGAGUCAGAAUGGACUCGACGGCACUGGGUUUGGUUUUUUGGUAUGUGCUUUCUUUAGCUUUAUGUCUGGCUACGUUUCCAUAUCCCAUUUUUUUGCAUAAUUUAUACUCUCUCAUAAUAAAUUUUACAUGCUUUGCUGGAAUUUAUAUAUCCUUGUUCUCUUCUAAUAGAUUUGAGCAUUAAAAUAUAUUCCUACUUUCUGAAAUACCCGCAGAAGCAGCAGUAGGGUGUCAGGAGGUUAGAGAAAAGGCUAGAGGACUCAGUUAUGCCACCUUUACUUCCUGCAGAAUUUGGUGCCUCAAGUUGUUCAUGUGGAUGGAUAGCUGAUUCCAUUCCUUCCUUACAGCCAGCCUUACAGCAUUUUAUAUUUUAUAGAGUCAAGAUUAGUCAGUAUGGGAAAAAUUCUGAGACAUGUAGACAACCUUGUGGUAACCUUGAAUGUUCUGUAGCUCUUUCUAAGCCUAGAACAGGCCCUCAUUUCAUCUUAAAUA